CCCAAACACUUCCCUUUCUUCUUCUUCUUCUCUCUCUCUUAGCUUUCUUCCCCAAACAGCUCCUUCCUUCUUCCGGCGAAUCAGGACCGUCAAAGCCUCUUUUUUUUAACUCCGGCGAUCAUAGUUUUCUGAGAGUUUCAUUUCCAACAUUACAUCUUCUUUUUUCUCUGCGCCAAGAUUUACAGCGAGAGUUUUUCUGUUUCCCUUCUAUAUAACCCCAAAAAUCUCCGGUUUGCUGGAAAUUUUCCGGAAGGUUAUAGAUUGUUCCUAAUUUCAGAAGCAAAUCGUUUGUCUUUUUCUAACUGGAGCAGAGAGGAAUCAAAUCAUUUUCUGGGAUCUAUAGAAACGGACGGAGAAAGGAAGAUAUUAAGCUGAUUCGAAGUCCAGAUUCGCGAAUUUAACAUCUUUAGUUUGCUUUUCCUUUUUUUUCCCGAUCCACACCUUCAAGUUUUUUUUCCCCUCCGGCGAGAUCUUAACUCGGGAAGCUAUGGUGUCGUCUUCGUUGACUGCAAAUGUUCAGGCUACCAAAACUCCUUCGAGGAAUAGAGUUGAGGAAACUGGAGACAAGCAGAUACAAUUCAAUGAACAAGUUUUUGAGGGAAAUGACUAUGCACCCAAGGCACGAAAACCAUACACGAUAACAAAAGAAAGAGAGAGAUGGACAGAUGAAGAGCAUAACAAGUUUGUUGAAGCCUUGAAACUAUACGGACGAGCAUGGAGACGAAUAGAAGAACAUGUGGGUACAAAGACUGCUGUUCAGAUUCGAAGCCAUGCUCAGAAGUUUUUCUCUAAGGUUGCUCGAGAAGCAACUGGAGGUAAUGGGAGCUCGCUGGAGCCAAUUGUGAUACCGCCUCCUCGUCCCAAGAGAAAACCAAUGCAUCCUUACCCACGUAAGUUUGGGAACGAGGCAGAUCAAACAAGUAGAUCGGUUUCUCCUUCAGAACGAGACAACCGAUCUCCAACCUCUGUCUUGUCCACUGUUGGAUCAGAAGCCUUGGGUUCCUCUGAUUCGAAUUCACCCGAUCGAAGCUUGUCCCCGGUUUCUUCUGCAUCACCUCCAGCUGCUCUUACAACCACUGCAAAUGCACCUGAAGAGCUUGAGACUCUGAAGCUGGAGUUGUUUCCAAGAGAGAGACUCUUAUACAGAGAGAGCUUGGUCAAGGAACCGACUAAGCAAAGCCUUAAACUAUUUGGGAAGACAGUUUUGGUAUCUGAUUCAGGCAUGUCGUCUUCUCUAACAACUUCAACUUGUUGUAAAUCUCCUAUUCAGCCAUUACCACGGAAACUCUCCCGAUCCGAAACAUUCCCCAUGAUUAUAAACCCACAAAAAGAAGAAGAAGUGGAAAACAGAUGUUUAGUAGAUUCAGGGAAGGCUGUCCAAAAUGAAGGAUCAUCGACUGGAUCAAACACUGGUUCGGUGGAUGAUACAGGACAUACGGACAAGAACUCAGAACCCGAAACAAUGGUAUGUCAAUGGGAAUUUAAACCUAGCGAGAGGUCUGCAUUUUCUGAGCUCAGAAGAACAAACUCUGAGUCAAAUUCAAGAGGAUUUGGUCCGUACAAGAAGAGAAAGAUGGUUAUAGAAGAAGGACAAGAACAAGAACAACAAGAGAUUCGCCUGCACUUAUAACUAGGACAUUUCUCAGGUACCCCCCAAAAGAAAGGUCUUUAAAUUCAAUAUUCAUUCAACUUCUAAAUGUUCAUCAAAGUAUUAGUUUUCUUUUUCUUUUUCUUGAUUUCAUUGUUUUCUUCGAGCUGUUUGUUGUUUAGGCUAAACUUCAACAUUUGUAACUGUAAUACUCUUGUACAAUUUUUUGUUUUUAAAAGAUAUCUAGUGAUUAUGAGAUC